AUGCGGACCUCGAAGAGUGCAGACCUCACGAUGAUGCUGGCUACCUACGGCCUACGGUUUCUCGUGGUCGUCUUCACGAUCGCGGCCGCGGCCACCUUUUUGCACGUGAACAAUUACAGGCCCAAGCAAAUAUUCCUCUCCUGCGACAGACCAUGUCACCAUUUGGACUGGCCCAUGAUUUGUCGAGUGAAGCUGACUCUAGAAGUGUUCCAGUCCCUCAGCAAAUCGUGCGGCGACUGCCCACGAAACGAGACGGCCUGCUCGACCGAUCACUGCGUCUCGGCGGAUGGACAGAGACGAGGAAUCCUGACAGCGAAUCGCCGGUUACCUGGCCCGACCAUACAGGUUUGCGAAAACGACAUCUUGGUAGUGGACGUGAUUAAUCGGCUUCCGGGCAAAGCGGUCGCGGUGCAUUGGCGUGGUCAAUCUCAGGUUGAGACGCCGUAUAUGGACGGGGCUCCUUUGGUCACGCAAUGUCCAGUACCGAGCUACACGACUUUUCAAUACAAAUUCCGUGCCUCCGCGGCUGGAACUCAUUUGUGGCAUGCUCACGCUGGAGCUGACGUGACUAAUGGUGUUUUCGGCGCAUUGGUCGUGAAACAAGCGGAUAUCAGAGACCCUCAUCGCAAUCUGUACGACAUGGACGACCCGAAUCACGUGGUCCUGGUGAGUCAAUGGCAACAUUCGGCCGAAAUCGCGUUCACGGAGGGACGCGUGAAGCCAGCGAUCCUUUUGGUGAACGGCAAAGGACGCCAGCCGAACGGACCCAACGUCCCUUUGACGAGUUUCACCGUUGUCCCUGGACGCCGUCACAGAUUCCGCGUUGCGAACGCUGGCGGUGCUGGAUCCUGUCCAAUAACGAUCUCCGUCGAUGCACAUCCUCUUCUUCUGAUUGCCCUAGAUGGCCAGCCAGUGGAACCGCGACAAGUUACAUCGAUUACUUUAGCCAAAGGCGAGAGAGCGGAUUUCAUCCUAAAAGCGAACAAGCAGAUCGCCUCCUAUUGGAUGAACGUGCACACGUCGAAGGAAUGCGGGCCGAAUGCCAUAAACGGCGCUGCGAUUUUGAAUUACAAAGGAAGUUCGUCGAAGGAUCCGCUGCCGGCGACGGAAGUCUCAGAUCAAUCGGAAGUGGAGGAAGGUCGGAUCGCUAUGACGACUAACCCUGCGGAUAAAUGCGAGAAUCCCGAGAGCCUGUGCGCGACGGAAGUGCAGGCUGUGCGAAAGAUGCCGGCGGUUCUAGGCAAGCCGAGAACCGACGUCACCAUUCGUUUGCCUAUUAAUUACAAGCUGCAAACGAACGAUAUCAUAGGAAACGGUGGAGCGGAGAUGAGAGUUCUGAACGUGAACAACGCCACAUUCACGUACCCUUCGUCACCGUUGUUGACACAGGGCGUCGACGUUCCCGAGGAAACUUUGUGCUCUUCCACCCCCGACGAGGACGAAGCUCGAUCCGAGAACAACGAAACUGCGUCACUGACGUCGCGACGCUGUCGUCGCAGUGACGUCACCGCGUCGGACACUUGCGAGUGCGUUCAUGUGAGGUAUAUACCGCUCGGAGCAACAGUCGAGAUCAUUCUCCUCGAUCAAGGUGGCCUGGAUGAUCUGGUGUACCACCUUCACGGAUACACCUUCUACAUAGUGGGAGCCCGGAAGUUUGGACGCAGUGUCUCUCUGCAAGAGCUGAAAAGCCUGGAUGACAAGGGUCAACUGUUUUCUCGCAAUCUCGACUGCACAGUGGCAAAAGAUACCGUAGUCGUGCCCAAAUUCGGUGCCGUUGCCCUUAGGUUUAAAGCGGAUAAUCCAGGUUACUGGAUGUUGCGGGACGAACACGCCGUUGAUUGGACACGCGGCUUGGAUGUGAUCCUUCGAGUCGGAGAAUCGAACGACAUGGUACCCGCUCCUGAAGAUUUCCCCAAGUGUGGAUCCUUCGUUGGGCCGGACUACUUCCUUAUAUAG